AUGAUCAGAACUACAAGAUCUUUGCUUCGAUCUUCCACUUAUAGACUCGCCACUAGACCCUCAGUAUCGCCAACAUAUCGUGUCACACCAACUUUCGCUAGAUUGUUGGCCACUACUGCAGACACAUCAUCGGAAAACUAUGCUAAAGUAUACAAUCCAAAUGCUGAAAAAGUGUCAUUAUCCAAUCUAGACACAUUUGCUAGAAGACACAUUGGUCCCACACCCAAAAAUGUUGAGACAAUGUUGAAGACGCUUGGAUACUCCAAUUUGGAUGAGUUUUUAUCCAGUGCUGUUCCAGAGCAUGUUUUGAUCAAGCGUAAAUUGCAAGUCCAACCUGCUCAGGGUUUCACAGAACAGGAAAUGUUGAAACAUCUCCAUGAAGUUGCUGGUAAGAACAAGAUUUACAAAUCGUUCAUUGGUAAAGGCUACGCUGGCACUAUUUUACCUCCAGUAAUUCAAAGAAACUUGUUGGAGCUGCCAGAAUGGUACACUUCGUACACACCAUAUCAGCCUGAAAUUUCUCAAGGUAGAUUGCAAAGUUUGUUGAACUAUCAAACUAUGAUCACAUCAUUGACGGGCUUGGACAUGGCGAAUGCCUCCUUGUUGGACGAAGGUACUGCUGCUGGUGAAGCAAUGAGUUUAUCAUUCCAUCACUCAAAGAACAAGAAGAAAGUAUAUGUAGUUGAUUCGGAAUUGCACCCACAAACCAUUGAAGUGAUCAAAUCAAGAGCAGAAAAUAUCAAUGUCGAGAUUAAGGAGUUGAACUUGGCAUCGAAAGAAGGCUUUCAAGAAUUGAAAAACAUAAUUAAAGACGUUUGUGGAGCUCUCGUCCAAUAUCCAACUACAAACGGUUCAAUUCACAACUAUUCUCAAAUUGGAGAUCUUUUGCAUGAAAACAAAGCACUUUUCGCCAUGGCCACCGACUUGUUAGCAUUGACUUUGAUUAAACCGCCAAGUGAAUUUGGAGCUGAUAUUGCAUUAGGAACCUCGCAAAGAUUUGGUGUGCCAUUUGGUUAUGGUGGUCCUCAUGCAGCAUUCUUUGCCACAUCACAAAAGUACGCCCGAAAGAUUCCUGGAAGAAUUGUCGGUGUGUCAAAGGAUAGGUUGGGUAAACCAGCUUUGAGAUUGGCUUUGCAAACCAGAGAACAGCACAUUAAGAGAGAAAAGGCUACCUCAAACAUUUGCACAGCUCAAGCUUUGUUGGCCAAUAUAGCUGCAAACUAUGCUGUUUACCAUGGACCUGAAGGAUUGAAAAAUAUCGCCAAGAGAGUUUAUGGAUUUACAACAUUACUUGCAAAUGAAAUCAAGAAGAAACACGAGAUUGUCAAUGAUAAAUGGUUUGAUACUUUGACAAUCAAGUUGAAUGGUGUGUCUUCUGAUGAAAUUUUAAAGAAUGCUUUGGAAAAGUAUGGAAUCAACUUGUUCAAAGUUGAUGAGUCAACAGUAUCAUUACAGUUGGAUGAAACGGUGCAAAAACAAGACUUGAUUGAUUUGAUUGAAUUGUUCACUGGUGAAGUUAUCGAGCCUUCGACUGAGUUGCCAUCCAUCCCUCAAGAUUUGUUGAGGACUGAUGACAUCUUGCCACACGAGGUAUUCAACACCCAUCACUCAGAAACAUCAAUGUUGCGUUACUUGCACCUCUUGCAAUCCAAAGAUUUGUCAUUGGCCAACUCAAUGAUCCCAUUGGGAUCUUGUACAAUGAAGUUGAAUGCAACUGUUGAAAUGCAGUCAUUAUCGAUCCCAGGCUUCAACUCAAUCCACCCAUUUGUUCCAAUUGAUCAAGCACAAGGUUAUAAGCAAUUGGUUGAUGAAUUUGAAAAGGAUCUUAACGAUAUUACGGGGUUUGAUGCUACUACCUCCAUGCCAAACUCGGGUGCUCAAGGUGAAUACACUGGAUUGUCAUUGAUCAGACAAUACCACAAAUCAAGAGGUGAAUACGACCAAAGAAACAUUUGUCUUAUUCCUGUUUCUGCGCAUGGUACCAACCCAGCCUCAGCAGCCAUGUGUGGAUUGAAAGUUGUUCCAGUCAAAUGCUUGGAUAAUGGAUCCAUCGACUUGGCGGAUUUGAAAGCUAAAGCUGAAAAGCAUGCUGCCAAUUUAUGUUCCAUCAUGGUCACUUAUCCUUCUACUUAUGGAUUGUUUGAACCGGGUGUCAAAGAAGCAAUUGAUAUAGUGCACCAAAAUGGUGGAUUGGUAUACUUGGAUGGUGCAAACAUGAAUGCUCAAGUAGGUUUGACUUCUCCAGGUGAUUUGGGUGCUGAUGUGUGCCACUUGAACAUUCACAAAACUUUUGCAUUGAGUCAUGGUGGUGGUGGACCAGGGCAGGCACCAGUAUGUGUUAAGCAACACUUGGCUCCAUUUUUGCCAAAACACAACUUUGUCAACACUCCUCAUUCAACCAAUGAAAGUAUAAAAGCAGUAAACUCGGCACCCUACGGAAGUGCCUCCGUCAUCCCUGUGUCUUACUCGUAUAUCAAAAUGUUGGGUGCUGAUGCAUUACCAUAUGCCUCAACCAUUGCCAUGUUGAAUGCCAAUUACAUCUUAUCCAAGUUGGAACCACAUUACAGGAUUCUUUUCGUUGACCAUCAAGCCUCAUCCAACGCAGGUUUGAAACAUUGUGCCCAUGAGUUUAUUUUGGACUUGCGUGAAUUUCAAAAACACGGUGUUGAGGCUAUUGACAUUGCCAAAAGAUUGCAAGAUUACGGAUUCCAUGCACCAACAAUGUCCUUCCCUGUUGCAGGUACGUUGAUGAUUGAACCUACCGAGUCUGAAAACUUGGAAGAGUUGGAUAGAUUUAUUGAAUCUUUCAUCUCCAUCCGUCGCGAAAUCGAUGCUUAUAUAAAUGGAGAUUCAUUGGGUAAUGUAUUGAAGAAUGCUCCACACUCACAACAGGAUAUUAUUUCCUCGUCUGAUUGGGAGACCAGAGGUUACACUAGAGAACAAGCUGCAUAUCCCUUGGAGUUUUUGAAAGAAAACAAGUGCUGGCCAACCGUUUCCAGAUUGGAUGACACUUAUGGUGAUUUGAAUUUGAUCUGUACUUGUCCUUCAGUUGAAGAACUUGCUGAAGAGUAG